AUGACAAACUACAACAAUCCAUUCCCAGAUACUCAAGAUUUAUUAAAAGGUGUUGAAAUUAAAGCAAAAAUCCCAGAAAAUGCUAAACAUAUAUUAACUUCUGAUGCUUUAUCAUUUAUUGCUAUAUUACAUCGUUCUUUUAAUAAAACAAGAAAACAAUUAUUAUCAAAUCGUGAAUUAGAACAAUCCAAAAGAGAUGAUGGAAUUUUACCAAAUUUCCUACCAGAAACUGAAUAUAUUAGAAAUGAUCCAAAUUGGAAAGGUCCAUCAUUAGGUCCAAAAUUACAAGAUCGUCGUGUUGAAAUUACUGGUCCUGCUUCAAGAACAAUGUUAAUUAAUGCAUUAAAUGCAAAUGUUGCAACUUAUAUGUGUGAUUUAGAAGAUUCUUCAACUCCAACUUGGUUUAAUGUUAUUGAUGGACAAGUUAAUCUUUAUGAUGCAGUUCGUAAAACUAUUACUUCAAAAAAAGGUACCAAGGAAUAUAAAUUAAAUUUAUCUAAGCAUUUACCAACUUUAAUUGUUAGACCAAGAGGAUGGCAUUUAGAUGAAAAACAUAUCUUAAUUGAUGGUGAACCAAUUAGUGGUUCUAUCUUGGAUUUUGGUUUAUAUUUUUAUCAUAAUGCUAAAGAAUCAAUUAAUCAAGGGUUUGGUCCAUAUUUUUAUUUACCAAAAAUGGAACAUCAUUUAGAAGCAAAAUUAUGGAAUGAUAUUUUUAAUGUUUCACAAGAUUAUUUAAAUAUUCCAAGAGGUACCAUCCGUGCAACUGUUUUAAUUGAAACUUUACCUGCUGCGUUUCAAAUGGAUGAAAUUAUUUAUCAAUUAAGAGAUCAUUCUUCAGGUUUAAAUUGUGGUCGUUGGGAUUAUAUUUUUUCAUAUAUUAAAUCCCUUAGAAAUCAUUCAGAUUUUAUCUUACCUGAUCGUUCUCAAGUUACAAUGAAUGUUGGAUUCAUGUCUUCAUAUGUUAAAUUAUUAAUUUAUACAUGUCACAAGAGACAAGUUCAUGCAAUGGGUGGUAUGGCUGCACAAAUUCCAAUUAAAAAUGACGCUAAAGCCAAUUCAAUUGCAAUGGAAAAUGUUAAAAAGGAUAAAUUAAGAGAAUUUAAUGCUGGUCAUGAUGGUACUUGGAUUGCUCAUCCUGCUUUAGCUCCAAUUGCAAAUGAAAUUUUUAAAGAAAUGUUAACACCAAAUCAAAUUCAAUCCUCAAAAGGUAUUGAAAAUUAUAAACCAAUAACUCAAAGAGAUUUAUUAUCACCUUUUAUUCCAAAUGCUAAAAUUACUGAACAAGGUAUUAAAUCAAAUUUAAUCAUUGGAUUAAGUUAUAUUGAAGCUUGGUUAAGAGGUAUUGGUUGUGUUCCAAUUAAUUUCUUAAUGGAAGAUGCUGCCACCGCGGAAGUCUCAAGAUCUCAAUUAUAUCAAUGGGUUAAACAUGGUGCUAAAACUGAUUCAGGUAAAACUAUAACAGCUGAUUAUACUUUGGGUUUAUUAAAACAAGUUGUUCAAGAAUUAAGUGGUAAGGCUAAUAAUGGUCAUAAAUUUAAUGAAGCUGCAAAUUUCUUUAAAGAUGAUGUUAGUGGUAAGAAAUAUCAUGAUUUCUUGACAACUUUGAUUUAUGAUGAUGUUACUACUAUUGAAAGAUCAUUAUCUGCUAAUAAAUUGUGA